AACUCUACCGCGCCAGUAAUCAAAAAACUUAUGGAAUGGAGAACUACAAAACACCAAAUAAAAUUUUAAGUUCUCAUGCAGCAUCGAUUCAACAAUUUUAUAAAAAAUCUCCAGCUACUUUUAAAUUUUUGAGUCAUUUCAAAACUCAACUUUGUAAUUCUCAAAAAAGUUCAAAAGUUUCACAAUCCAGUUUAGGGACCCAAACUCCAGAUAAAAGGAAUGGGGAAUUUGCAUGUACUCCUGGAAAAAGUUCAAGUCUCAGCUCUACAGCUAAAUCAUUUAACUUAUUCCCUAUUGCGAAUACACCCCCUUCAGGUAGUCAAAGGAAAAAAAUAACAAAUCCUUUUGAGGCUGCUUUAGCUGAACGCUUGCACUUGCCUUUGAUAUGCAGCCCGUCGCUUUUUCAUAGACCUGCAACACCUCAAUAUUCAUCAUCUACACAUUUUGAGUGGACUAUCGAAGAGGUUUCGUCAAUGGGACCAGCAAAUGUUGAGCCACACGAAACUCAGUUCCAUGACGUAUUUGAUCCUGAAACUGAGGCCAAAACUCAAGCUGCUAUUAGUUCAUUUUUUAAAGAACAACAAAUUGUUCCUAGUCCGGUUGAUAGACCUCUAAGAAAACAAAGAGUUGUAUUAACAAGUGAAAUUGAAAAUUCUCCGAAUCCAGGACGAUCAAUUAAAAGAAUCAGGGACGGCACAGCUCAAACAAUAUUAACUCUUCCCCCAGUUUUACCUCUGGAAAUAGAGCAAGCUUUGAAACCAUAUUUUAACUUUAUUCAAAACCAACAGCAAAGUCCUUCAAUCAACUGUGAUAAAAGUAAUUUUUCAGCUGAAUAUCAUGAAGCUAGAGACGCAUCACUUCGUCGGAAACUAUUUGCAGUUCCAAAUUUAGCAAAUGAUGAUACUUUAGACGAUGUUUAUGAUGAAAAUGCAAUUUUCCAAAGCAGCGCUUUUAACAGUCCACCACCAAAAUCUCCAGAUAUUAUUGAAGAUACUGGAGACAUUUCUGAUAAAGAACAUUCCGCAAACGCUUUUGAUAAAAAUUCCUUUGGAUCGCUUUCACCUAUAUCUAAGCUUUCUUCUGAUAGCCCAAGAUUAUCAUCUGAAAAGCAGUAUUUAAACAACCAGAGACAUAAAAAUAUUUCGCCCACUAAAGGCGCCUCUCAUCAAAAUAUUACGGUUCAGCAAAGUAAAGUCAAUUCAACAAGUCUGCAACAAGACAACUUAUCAAGCAAUGCAAAUACCUCAUUUAUUAAUAUCACCACAUCACAUUUAUAUAGAUCAACACCUGAUAAUUCCAUGCAAGUAAAAAAUCUCUCAACAGAAAACAUUUCAGAACACAAUAUGUCAAUUGAUUCUUCUUUUAACCACAAAAUCAGCCGCCAAUUAGUCAAUAAUUUAAAGCCUAAUGAUUCCAAAAUCAACGAAAUUUCUAAAUGCGUAAUGAUUGCGGAGGUUGAUAUAUUUAAUCAAAAUGAGUAUGAUGAAGAUGAUAUGCAAGUAAGUCAACUAUCUGAAAAAAGUGCGAACUCAUCUCGUUCAUCUAAUUCGGAUACUCCUAUUUCUAGGAUUGACAAUAUCAUUAAAUCCGAAAGUGACAAGCGAGAUUAUAGGGGUCUAAUUAUGGAAAAUAAAAUGAAAGUGCUGUUAGUGUCGGAUCCUUCUACAGAUAUUUCAUCUGCUGCUCUUGCCGUUGAAGUAGGACACAUGAGUGAUCCUGAUCAUAUUCCAGGUUUAGCUCACAUGUGUGAGCAUAUGUUGUUUUUGGGAACUGAAAAGUAUCCUAAUGAAAAUUCAUAUUCAUCAUUUUUAUCUCAAAAUGGAGGGAAUAGUAAUGCAGCAACAUAUCACAAUUUAACGAAAUAUUAUUUUACCGUUAAACCUGAUCAACUUGAAGGAGCACUAGAUCGUUUUGCUCAAUUUUUUAUAUGUCCAUUAUUUACGGAAAGUGCAACAGAUCGUGAAAUCAAUGCCGUAAACUCAGAACACGAAAAAAAUCUAUCAAUUGAUAGUUGGAGAAUACGCCAAGUAAAUAAAAGUUUAGCUAUAGAAUCGCAUCCUUAUUCAAAAUUUGGUUCUGGGAAUGAAAGCACAUUGAAAACUAUUCCAAAACAAAAAAAUAUUGAUGUAAGAAGUGAACUCAUUAAAUUUCAUGAUAAAUGGUAUUCAUCAGAUAUUAUGUGCUUAUCUGUGCUAGGAAAAGAAACUCUAGAUGAACUAGAAGAAAUGGUAAUUACUAAAUUUAGCGAUGUUAAAGAGAAAAAUGUGGAACCUCCCCGAUGGUCAGACAAACCGUAUGAUGAUUCACAAUUCAGUACUAAAGUUGAAAUUAUUCCCGUAAAAGAUAUUAGAGCUUUAACUUUGAGUUUCAUGACAAAAGACUUAGAUGAAUAUUAUAAAUCGCCCCCUGAAAAUUACAUAAGUCAUUUAAUUGGUCAUGAAGGAAAAGGCAGUAUAUUAUCAGAACUUAAAAAACAGGGAUGGUGUAAUGAUUUAACAGCUGGUCACUCAAAUAUUUCAAGAGGAUUUGGUUUCUUUGAAAUUUCUGUUGAUUUAACCGAAGAAGGUUUCAAUAAUGUAGAUCAAAUAGUACACUUAAUUUUUCAGUAUAUUAAAUUGUUAAAAGAAGAAGGUCCUAAGAAAUGGAUAUUCGAUGAAUAUCGCAGUAUUAAUGAAAUGCUUUUUAAAUUUAAAGAAAAAGAUUCGCCCACAAAUCUUGUUAGUAACGUAGUUCAUUUAAUGCAGAUUUACCCACUCGAAGAAGUUUUAUCCGCUCCAUAUUUGUUGUCUGAAUGGAAACCUGAGUUGAUAACGGAAAUUUUGGAAUGCUUAAAACCUGAAAAUUGUCGUAUAACAGUAUUAGGACAAAAACUUAAAAAUUGUAACGAGUCGGAAUACUGGUAUAAAACUAAAUAUAGUGUAACAAAAAUACCACUGGAAAUAUUGAAGAAAUGGGAAAACUGUCCUUUGAACGAAAAUUUAGCAUUGCCAGAACCCAAUCCAUUUGUUCCCACCGAUUUUACAUUAGUAGCACUGGAAAAUGAUCUUGCCAAGCAUCCUUCAAUAGUCCACGAUACUUCUUAUAUUAGAGCUUGGCAUAAGCAAGACGCGGAUUUUCUUAAACCAAAAACAUUCAUCAAUUUUAGUUUUUCGAAUCCGAUUGUAUAUUUUGAUCCACUAAAUUGUAAUCUAACUCAUUUAUUAGUCCAGCUAUUUAAAGAUGCUUUAAACGAAUAUACUUAUGACGCAGAGCUAGCUGGUUUAAAAUUCGAUGUGGAAUAUUCAACAUCUGGAAUAAGUGUUAAUAUAUAUGGCUAUAGCCAUAAAAUUAAUAUUCUAUUACAAAAAGUCUUAGAUCAGUUAUUUAGUUUUGAAAUUAAUGAAAAGCGUUUCGAUAUUUUUAAAGAAGAUUACACAAGACAACUAAAAAAUUUUAAAGCUGAGCAGCCUUAUAAGCACGCUAUUUAUUACUUAGCUUUAAUUUUAACAGAAAACGCAUGGUCUAAAGGGGAACUUUUAGAUGCAAUGACAUUAACAACAUACGAAAAUUUAAAACAGUAUACUAAAGAUUUUUUCUCUAGAUUGCAUACUGAAAUAUUUGUAUAUGGUAACGUUAAUAAACAGCAAACUCUGAAAAUUGUAGACUUAUGCGUAGAAAAAUUGGAAAAAACGAAUUCAAAAAUUUUACCAAUUUUGGCAAGACAACUGCUACAAAAACGCGAAUAUAAACUUAAUGACGGAGAUUGUUAUGCUUUUCAAACUGAUAACGAGUAUCAUCACAGUUCCUGUACUCAACUGUAUUUGCAAUGUAAUUCUCAAACCAAUAGCACAACUGCGUUUAUAGAUUUGGUUGCUCAAAUUUUAACUGAACCUUGUUAUAAUUGUUUAAGAACGGAGGAACAACUUGGUUACAUUGUAUUUUGCGGAUCAAGGAAAGCUAAUAGUGUUACUAGCAUAAGAAUUAUAGUGCAAUCAUCGAAACCACCUUAUUUUGUUGAAGAAAGAAUCGAAAACUUCUUAAAUAAUAUGCUGAAAACUUUGGAGGAAAUGCCAAAAGAAGAAUUUGAACGUUAUAAAAACGCUCUAAUAACAUUAAAAUUAGAGAAACCUAAAAAAAUGAAUACUCAAUUUUACAAAGAUCUAAAUGAAAUAACAUUGGCCCAAUAUCAUUUUGAAAGAGACCAAGCCGAAUGUGAGAUUAUAAAAAAAAUUUCGAAAGAGGAAAUUAUAAGUUUUUAUAAAACUUAUAUUUUGAAAAGCUCAUCAAAACGACGUUCUUUAUCGAUUCAUAUAAUGUCUACUGUUAAAAAAUCAGACGAUGCUGAGCAACCAAUGGAAAACGGUGUUUUAUCAGACAACUAUCAAUUAAUAACCGAUUUAUCAGCAUUUAAAUCAAGUAAGGAAUUGUAUCCUGUAACAAGACCAUAUCUUGACGUAAAUCCUAAAGGCGCAAAAAGUAAAUUAUAAUAAAGACGAAGAACAACUUGUUUUAAUUUUGAAAAGCAAAGAAAAAAAAAAUUAAACAAAAAUGUAUUAUUUAUUUAAAUUUGCAUAAUAUGUAAAAUUAUAUUCAAUUUAUAGUUUUAAAUGAAUAAAUACAUACAUUUAUAAAAUCUAUUAAUAAAAUAGUAAAAUUUUAAA